GUGAAAUCUGUGAAUGAUCACAGAGGUCACAUGGUACAAGGCUAUUCACAACAGCCUUGUACCAUGUGACAAGCUGUGACCAAUCACAGCUCACACACCUUGAACCACGUGAUCUCUGAUCAUUCACAGAUUUCACACGUAGUAAGCAAUGAUGUCAGAAGUGACAUCUUGAUUACUACUAUUCAUGUGAUCACUGAUUGGCCAAUCAGUGAUCACAUGAUCGGGACCUCACACAGAGGUCCCAUACAGCGAUCGGUGUUCUGCUGUGUGAGCGUGCACAGUCCAAAAUGGCGGGCGAUGUUUAUGAAUGGCAACCCGCCCCUGCACUGCCCCAGUCCAGCCGUUUAUAUACAUGGGCCGGACGGGAAGUGGUUAAAAACCAUGGUAUUUUGAAUGUUGU